GAACGCAAGAUGAGCCGUACGAUGAAACUUGAAACAUCUUAAUGUGUUAAACCCUAAGAGGAAAACCCCCAAUUCAUUCUUUUGUACGAUUCAACGUUGUCAAGUGCCAAUGGCUCGCUUCGUCAGAUGUCUGAGGAGAACACUCUGCUCUACUUCGUCUCCUUCAAUUCCUUACCGGAACCCUAGAAUUGGUUUGCCCUCGACUCAAAAUCCGGUACUUUUAAUCAGCCGCAAAUGUCUGAGCUCGGGGAGUUACGUGUCAGAAAUGCAGAAAUCAGCUUUCCAGGGAAACAUUUUGAGACUAAUCCGUAAUGAGAUUGAUUACGAACUCGAUCACUCGCCUCCUCUUCAGCCUCCUAACACUUUUGGUCCAUUUACUGUGGAUGAACGGCCUGGAGAGCAGUGGAUUAGCUUGAAGAGGAAUUUUAAAGAGAAAGAAGACAUCAAGAUUGAAGCAACCAUGUUUGAUAAGUCAGUUCCGACUUCAAAAUCUACUAGCACUGAACCUGAAUAUAUUCUUCACAUCACCUUCAUUGUCAACAUCUCUAAGGGUGGUGCUGCUGAAGCUUUAGAGAUCAUGUGUUCUGCUUGGCCAGAUACCAUAGAGAUAUCGAACCUCUGCGUCCGUAAAGGCAGCAAGAGUUCACCGUCUUCCUAUGGUGGACCAGAGUUUGAGGAAUUAGAUGAUCAGCUUCAAGAUGCUCUUUAUCAAUUUUUAGAGGAAAGAGGUAUAAGCAAUGAGCUUGCUGUUUUCUUGCAUCAGUAUAUGAAGAACAAAGGUAAAGGUGAGUACGUUAGAUGGAUGGAGAGCAUUAAAUCUUAUGUUGAGCAAAAAUAGACAUCAGCCUGCAACAAAAAGUCUUCAACUUUUUCCACUCUUUGGUUCCAUAGGAUGCAGUAGCCGUUGUGUCUGUGACUAUGACUCUCUUUGAUUUGGAUAUGCUUCGAUAAAGUCAUUUUGCAAAAAAAAAAAUUGUUUGUUGGGAGUUUGGCUUGCAGAUUGUGUAAAAACUACCCUAGAUGCAUAAUUACCAGCAUGGACAGUCAUACAUUAACAUCAAUCUAGCAAUACAUGUCACAUAAUUCUGGUGUGUCUUGUUUG